AUAAGAAUGCCUAUGUACAUAUGAACACAUUCCAAACGUGUGUAAAACUAAGUGAAUGGAUAAUGCAAUGAAUUAUAAGAUAUUAAUAACUUGUUCCAUUAUAAAAAUCCGUUCUAAAAAUUGGUGAUAAAAAGUGAAUUUAAAAACAAAACUUGUGAUUACUUGUGAUAUACGUUUAUAUAAUCGUAAUUUAUAUUUCUGUAGCAUGAUAUAAAAUAGUAUAACUUGCACAAUAAUAUUCAAUGAAAUUUAAAUUAAAAUAUUAAUACAAUCAAGUUUGAAAUAUGAUGAAGUAUAAUAUAUUCCGUAUUACAAAUGUUCAAUUUAUGCAGAAACGAUAUUUCAAAAAAGUACAAGCAAGAGUGAGAUUUGCACCUAGUCCAACUGGUUUGCUGCAUCUGGGAAGUUUAAGAACUGCGUUAUACAAUUAUUUAUUUGCUCGUGCUAAUAAUGGUGCUUUUAUUUUACGAAUUGAAGAUACUGACCAAUCUAGAUGUAUACCUGAUGCAAUAGAAAAAAUUCAAAGCGAUCUGUUAUGGUGUGGAAUCAUACCUGACGAAGAUCCAAUAAGAGGUGGACCUGCUGGGCCUUACAUACAAUCAAAACGACUUGAAAUAUACAAGGAACAAGUGCUUAAACUUAUAGAUAAUCAAUCUGCAUAUUACUGUUUCUGUUCAGACCACAGAUUGGAUUUAUUGCGAAGAGAAGCAGUAAAAUCUAGACAAGUGCCUAAAUAUGAUAAUAAAUGUAGACAUUUAAGCAGUGAUGAAGUAAAAGCAAAGCUUAAUAAGGGAGAUCCUUUUUGUAUUAGAUUUAAAUUAUCUGUUGGAAUAGAAAGUUUCAAUGAUUUAAUAUAUGGCAAAAUGAAACAUGAUAUCGCACAAAGGGAAGGAGAUCCAAUUAUUAUCAAAACAGAUGGUUUCCCAACUUAUCAUUUUGCAAAUGUUGUUGAUGAUCAUCUUAUGGAAAUAUCUCACGUAUUAAGAGGAAUUGAGUGGCAAGUAUCUACACCUAAACACAUAAUGAUGUAUAAAGCAUUUAAUUGGACUCCACCUUUAUAUGGACAUUUACCUUUAAUAUUAAAUUCUGACGGAUCUAAAUUAUCAAAAAGACAAAACGACAUAAACAUAGAGUCUUUUAGAAAAGAUGGAGUUUUUCCAUUAGCAGUUUUAAACUAUGUUAUUCAUGCCGGAGGCGGUUUUGAUAAUAAAGGCGGUGCUCAUUAUAUUCAUAGUUAUGAAGAAUUAAUCAAACAAUUUGAUAUCUCUAAAAUAAAAGUAAGUUCUAAUAAACUUUCACCUCCAAAAUUAUUAGAAUUUAAUAGGAUAGAAAUAGCAAAAUUAUUAGCGAAUGAAAAAAAUAAUAAAUUUUUAGUUGAAAGAAUAAUAAAACUAGUCACAGAAGCAUUCCCAAAUAGGGAAACCAAUGGAAGUUUACAUUUAGACGAGAACCAUAUUAUCUCUGUGUUAAAAUGGGCACAGAACAGAAUAUCAAAAUUAAGUGAUCUAGUAUCUUCAAAAUUACAUUUUUUAUGGAUUAUGCCAACUACAGCACUAAAUGAUACUCAUUUAGAAUAUUUAGAUACGCUUAAGAUAAUCAGUACAAAAUUGGAUGAAACUGAAAUUCAAAAUUUUAACAAAGUAUGGAUAAAUAAUUACCUAAAAGAAUUUGCUAAGGAACAUGGAAUUUCAUAUUCGACAUUGAUGAAAGUCUUACGUUUUGUACUUAGUGAUUUGAAGGACGGUCCACCAGUUGCAGAAAUGAUAGAAAUCUUGGGAAAAGAUUCUACAUUAUUAAGAAUAAAACGCUGUAUUUCUUACAAAUAAAAAUAUGGCUAUACAUA